AUGUCUGCUUUUUUGGUUCCAUCCGUGCCAGCAACACAUUUAACAAAAAUGCAAAUGCAACAUACCGCGCAAUAUAAUUGCAGUAGUAGUAGUAGUAGUAAUAAUACGACAGGAUGUCCGGUGGUACCAUCACCAAUUCAUACGGUUUCCAACAAUUGUACAUCCGGUAAUAACGGUGCGCCACAUAUUCAACCUUCACCACGAACAUCCAUCAUGAAUCCUGGUCAAAUUGAUCAGACAUUAUAUGUUAAAGAUGAGACGUUUGAUAAUCAGAUACCGUUGCAACCACCUUCCGUAGCAACAACUUCAUCGAGCCAUCUGCUAACGCCAUCAUCCACUCCAACAACGCAGCGAAGGAAUCGUCGAAUUUCCAAUUUAUUUCAACGGCCUAAAGAUCAUGGACACGAUGAUAAGUCACAUCGAUCAGCAGCUGAGAUCAAUAUGGGUAUGGGUCGAGCUAUACCCGUAAAGCAAGGUCAUUUGUAUAAAAGAAGUAAUAAGACUUUGAAUAAGGAAUGGAAAAAGAAAUAUGUUUGUCUUCAUUCCAAUGGACGUCUUUCUUAUCAUCAGACUUUGAAAGAUUAUAUGGAAAAAGAUGCCGGGAAGGAAGUGUUUUUGGGAUUAGCAACAGUACGAAUUGCUGGACGCCAAAGGCCACGAAACACACAGCGUGUUCAGACGCAAGUGAUUUCUGGACCCAGUCGAGAUCAUCAACUUGCUAAGGAUAUCGGUUUCAAGCGAGAAUUGCAUGAUUCAAAUGUAAUGCGGCAUACAGUUGGUACUGUAAGUACGAGCGAUGCUAGUGUUUCUACGGGUCAAGAUAACAAAGCCUUCACUGAUGAGCAAUUUAUAAAUGGUGAAGGAACAUCCGGUGGUAGUGAUGAUCAGCUACAGAAUCCACAACCUCCGACUACGAGUACAAGUGGUUUAGUUGUAGCUACCCAUGCUGCUAUUACUGCUAGUGCUGGUAAGAAAAAGAAAGGCCAUCGUCGUUAUGGAUCAGCUGCCAAAAAUGACGAAGAAGAUGACUGUGAAUUCGAAAUUAUUACGUGUGAUCAAAAACGUUGGGAAUUUUCGGCCACUUCGAUUGAGGAGCGUGAUGAAUGGGUUGCUGCUAUUGAAGAGCUUAUUGAGAAAUCCUUGCAAGCUCAAAUAAGUCAGAAACAACAAGAGAGUAGUCGUGGACAUGGAAAUAAGGCUGAAGUACAAGCUUUGCGGCAAAUACUCGGCAAUGAUAGUUGUGCCGAUUGCGAUGCUCCAAAGCCGGACUGGGCUUCGCUUAAUUUAGGAACAUUAAUUUGCAUUGAAUGCUCAGGAAUACAUCGAAAUCUUGGCUCACAUAUAUCGAAAGUCCGUUCACUCGAUCUUGAUGACUGGCCAACGGAGUAUUUGAACGUCAUGGAAGCAAUUGGUAAUAAGAAAGCAAAUGCUGUUUGGGAACAUAACGCUUCACCGGGUAAAAAACCACAAGCAGACUCAUCACGGGAAGAAAAAGAAAAAUGGAUUAAGAUCAAAUAUGAAGGAAAACGUUUCCUUCCAUCUAUCACGGCAGAUGUACCGCUUGGGCGACAAUUACUCAAUGCCGUUUUUAAUAAUGAUCUCAAUGCACUUUUACCAAUUUUACCACGUUGUACCACUUCUGAUCUUCGAACAACGGUUGAUACGACUGAUAGGCGUACCGCCUUGCAUAUUGCAUGUUCGAAUGCAUCUGCGGCUUGCACGCAACUUCUUGUUUGGUAUAAUGCGGAUCUUCGUAUGUUAGACGAAAUGGGUCGUUCGGCAUUGUGGCAUGCACAGACAUCUGGUGCACUAGACUGUGCUGCAAUAUUGUUGAAAGCAGGUUUAGACCCGAAACAUGGCAUUCCAGAUGGACCAGAAAUGAUUACAGGUUCAUUAUCAUCACGUGAAUUCUGCUACACGAAUGAUAAACUGUUAGGGAAUGAUUCCAAACUGCAGCGUCAAUCAGAUGUUGUAAUCCGACGGAUAUCACCAGGACAACAACUAAUUGGAACGCCAUCAAGUGUAAACGGUUUCCAUCGACGGAAUUCAGACGCUUUUGAACGUUUACCUGCUAGUGUCAUAUAA